UGAUUGGAGUUUAAACUCCAGCACUUUUUUCUCAGUGUUGUAAACAUUUAUCAAGAUCAUUUUGUAUUAUUGGAAAACCGAAAUGAUUACAAAACUUAUCAGAUUAUCACCUUAUUUAUCCAAACCAUCGAAUUCAAGACAAUUAUUCGAAUGGCUAAAUGCUAUUUUCAAUGCUGUUGAUAGGAAACGAAUCGAAGAAUUAGGACCGAAUAGAGCUGCAGCCGAAUGGCUUAUACGGAAUGGUGCUGCAGUUUUUUGGUCAUCACAAAAAGAUUGUAAUUUCAAUGAUUAUGAUCGAUUAAUCGCUAAACCAGAGGAAUUUCGUGAUAAUUAUAUAAUCGGUAUCGAUGCUACAGAAUCCAGUAUAAAUCAUGCUGGAUUUGAAUAUCUACGUCAUCUGAAACGAUUAUCACGAAUUAUAUUCAAUAAAACAAAAUAUCUGAAUGAUAAAGCAUUGAUAAUGUUGAGUGAAUAUCAGCUUGCCGAACUACGACAUUUAGAAAUACGAAAUUGUUAUAAUGUUACCGAUACUGGUAUUCAAGCAUUGAAAGAAUUAAAAUCAUUGCAAUAUUUAAAAAUGGAAAAUUUGCCCUCAGUCGACAAUCGAACAAAAUGUGAGGAAAUUUUGAAAAAAUCAUUAUCAACAUCAUGCCGUAUCGAAUGGAAUCCACAAUAAUCAUUUUUUAUAUAUAAAUCCGUGUGGUUAACAUU